AUGAUUGGGCGUCGUAAGCAAGUGAGCCUGCCAGCUCUCUCGGCGGUUAUCCUGUUUUGCAGUUACCACUAUGCCAGAGUCCUGGGAGUGGUUUGCUUUGACAUUGGACAAAGGAUCUCGGACAGGUCCUUGGUGGGUCGGAAUCAGCACAGAUUCAAGUGGUUUUGCCUGAGUCUACGACUCGUUUGCGCCACAAUGGUUUGCUGUUUCUGUGCCCCUUAUGUCGCCCAAAUCCAGGAUCCCUACGAGUGGUUGCUCCAGUGCCUCCGCUUGUCGGCCAGUCUCAUUUGCUCCGGCAGCAUUGUGGUGGUUCAGAUUGGCUAUGAAAAGGAACUGCUCCGGAUUUUUAAUAGUUUCCUAAGGCUUUUUCAACGUCUUCGUCGCCUGUCGUCCGUGAAAAAAAUUGGCUUUGGAGGUAAAAGGGAGUUCUUCAUGCUACUGGUCAAAUCUGUUUGCUUGGUCUACGAACUGUAUUGUGAGCUGUGGCAGCUGUAUUAUCCACCCGACUGGCUGAGUAUUUUGACCAUGCUGGGUGAAAUAAUCCUGGAAAUUGGCUCCCUGAUGAUCCUCCAUAUUGGCUUCCUUGGAUACCUCACUGUGGCAGCUCUGUACUCCGAGGCGAAUAAAUUGGUGCGUUCUGAGCUGCGACGGCAGCUGAGAUCCUUGGAACGUAUAGGCGGAGGUCCUGUAAGUCGCCGCCAACUGAGGAUCGUUGAGAAUCGCCUGGACGAGUGUAUUUCCGUGUACGACGAUAUCGGACGAGUUGGUCGCUCAUUUCAUCGCCUCUUCGAACUGCCCGUUCUCAUAAUACUCAUUGGCAAGAUAUUUGCCACCAUAGUUCUGUCCUACGAGGUGAUCAUUCGAUCCGAGCUAUAUCCCAGUAAGAUCGAAAUGUGGGGUCUGGUGAUGAAGAGUUUUGCCGAUGUCAUACUGCUCACCCUGGCGGUUCAUGAGGCGGUCAGUAGCUCCCGAGUGGUGCGGCGUUUGAGCUUCGAGAACUGCCCCAUCAGUGAUUGCAAGGAGUGGCACAUGAAGUGGGAAAUGUUCUUGAGUCGCCUGAACAACUUUGAAUUCCGAGUCAGACCAUUGGGAUUAUUCGAAGUCUCCAACGAAGUCAUCCUGUUCUUUUUGUCCAGCAUGAUCACCUAUUUUACCUAUGUGGUGCAGUACGGCAUUCAAACCAACCGAUUGUAA